CCAACCCAGCUAUACCAUCUUCAGAGCCUUAGGAGAGUAGGAAGUUCAACUUUGUAGUAGUGUAAAGGCCACCCCACAGCACGCCGCUGGGUGCUUUCUUGGAAUGUUUAUUUUUAGACUUUCUCUUGUCACUUUGAGUAGCAGUUUCAGUUGCUGAAGGCCCACAGUGGCCAAUAUUUUUAUCUAGCCUUCUAUAGACUGGAUUGACAAGAUCUAUAGUGUCUUGAGGCAGAUGUCACAAUGCAUUCCACUUCGUCCCCUCUUCCUAAAUGGGCAUAUGGCUGCUGCUCUCCGUUCCUUUGCAGUGAUCUCAGACUGCGAAUGGCAAUGAGCUCAGUGGAAGCACUGCCAGCACACAGCACUUUGUCUGGGGGAAGGAGUCUCAGAGAGCAGCACCAAGUAAUGACCAGUAAGGUUUUUCUGUCUUUGUCUUGCCAUUUAAGGUGCCUGUACUAAGUAUUAUCUUCCCCUUCCAUAACUGUGUUUUACAUAAAGUACAAGAGUCAAAACUGGAGUUACCAGACCAGUCUUAGUCUCCUCUGUACACACCGAUCCCUUGACACAGCUCCAUCCCAGCUGGUGUUUUCCACCCUAAUCAAGCUGCACCCCUGCUCUGCUGCACCUGGGUACGCGGUGAGGUACCUGACAAAGUCUGGAUUGCCAGAACUAAAGGUUUCAGCUGUUUGCCUGCCCAUGCCUGUUCUCAGGCUAUUUUACUUACUUGCUCCUGCUCCUAGCCCUUUCUCUCUGCAGGUCCAUCUCCUUGGCUCAGCACCAGCAUGUUGCUUUUCACCCACUCCCUGGCUACUGCCAAAGAAAGCUCACAGGUACUGCUGUAACCCCUCUGCUGCCUCUUCAUCAAGCACUCGCUUUGUUUUCCCUUAAUCUGGUAACAACCAGGGCAUACCCCCACUCCCUCUGUAGUUGCUCUCUGACCUUGAACAUUCCUGUGGAGCUGGAACUAGUGAUGGGGUAACUGGUCUCAUUGUGCCAAUGCAGUGUGUGCAGAAGCACACCUCAGUCAUCAGUCUGGCUCUUUCACCACUUUCCUCUGUUUCUCCUUUCCAGCACCUGGGCUGUGAGAAGACAGAGCUUAGGAGCUGGUUGUCAGCUCUCUUAACUGGGAGAGCCCUAUUUCUAGUGGAUGUUUACCUCCAGCAGAACUUUCCUGCAGCAGCCACUUGCUGCCCUUUGCAGUCCUCUGCUGGAGUGUGCCUCUGGCUGUUAUCAGGUCAUUAAAGUGGCCGUGGAGCUGUCCUGUAUCAGGACAAACAGUCCCUAAUGGAGCCGUCUGCUCCCUGUCCCAGUGCCAGAAGCGCUGAUUAGUAGGGGAAGAGUGGGAACAGGCUACACGUGGCACGGCUCUGAGCCAGGUGAGGCGAUGGCUCAGGCUGUGCCCAGGCUAGGCAAUCAGGCUCGUCUCCCAGCUGAGCAAACAGCUCGGUGGCUGCCCUGGGAGCAGCGGUUGUCCCACCAGAGCCUACCAGGUCAGGAAGGAGCCCACCACCGCCAUUGGAUGCCCUGAGGCCUGCUGGGGGCAGAAGGUGGGCUUCCCCCUGGCCUGGCAGGUCUGCUUAUCCACACUCUCACCACGUUCCCCCUUUCUUCUGUCUCCCCCAACUGCGUGUUGUGUGCCUGUUCCAGUCCCAGGCUUUGUCCCGUGGCCUGCUCCCGGUCCUGCGGUCGGUGACGGCGCUCCCGCUUCCCCUCGCCCGGUUCUUACGCAGCAGCAGCUUCCCAGGGUUGCACAAGGCGGCUCUCCCGUCAAAGCCGGGGGCGGGAGGACGCGGUGCUCUGCCCGGGCUUCUACGGGGAUCCCCAGGGAGGACGGACCCUCAGCCCCCGGGGAUCCCCUGACCGGCCAGUCCUCCGGAGCCAAUUUUAACAGCGCGGAAAGCCAGCGGCCGGCUCGGCGCCCCAAAGCCACAGCCACGCCGGCGGGGCCGGAGCGCACGGACAUCGCGCCCCUUCCCCAACCCGGCGGCACCGCGCCCCGCCCGCCACUCCGGCCGUUGCUCGCACCGAGCAGAGAGGCCCCGCUCGGUGAGUCACCGGGGGCGGGCGAGAGCAACGUGAACACGGCGGGAAGCGGCGCGGCUCGCGGCGGGCCCGUAGAGCUGAGCCAACUGCCUGGCCAGGAUGAGCUGGAGCUUCCUGACGCGGCUCCUGGAGGAGAUCAACAACCACUCGACCUUCGUGGGCAAGAUCUGGCUCAGCGUCCUCAUCAUCUUCAGGAUUGUGCUGACGGCUGUGGGGGGUGAGUCCAUCUACUACGAUGAGCAGAGCAAGUUCGUCUGCAACACGCAGCAGCCAGGCUGCGAGAACGUCUGCUACAACGCCUUCGCCCCACUCUCCCACGUCCGCUUCUGGAUCUUCCACAUCAUCAUGGUGGCCACCCCCUCGGUGCUCUACCUGGGAUUUGCCAUGCACCGCAUUGCCCGCAUGCCUGAGUCCUCACGGCGCCGGGUGCCGGCAACUCAGCGUGGCCGCAUGCCAGUGGUGCGGCGUGGAGCCGGGCGGGACUACGAGGAGGCGGAGGACGAUAAUGAAGAGGAUCCCAUGAUCUUCGAGGAGAUUGAGGUGGAGAAGGAGAAGGGCACCGAGGGUGGCGAGAAGCACGAUGGCCGGCGCCGCAUCAAGCAGGACGGGCUGAUGCGUGCCUAUGUGCUACAGCUGCUGUGCCGCAUGCUGCUGGAGUCGGCCUUCCUUUUCGGGCAGUACCUGCUGUUCCGCUUUAAGGUCAGCCCCUCCUACGUGUGCAGCCACAGCCCCUGCCCGCACAUGGUCGACUGCUUCGUCUCACGCCCUACCGAGAAGACCAUCUUCCUGCUCAUCAUGUAUGCCGUCAGUGGGCUCUGCCUCUUCCUCAACAUCUGCGAGCUCUUGCACCUGGGCGUGGGGCGCAUCCGCGAUGCGCUGAGCCAGCCCAACAGCCCACCCUCCAGCAGCCCCGCACCGCACUACGCCAAGAAGCCCCCCAGUGCACCGCCCACCUACCACUCCCUGAAGAAGGAGCCACUGAAAGCCCCUCUGCCUGAUGGCAAGCUGGACUACCGGGAGAACCUGGCCAACUCGGCCGCCGAGCGCUUCGCCCUGGCUGGCGCUCCCCGCGAGCACGAGCUGGAGCGGCUGCGUGAGCACCUGCGCUUGGCCCAGGAGCACCUAGAGAUGGCCUUCCACCUGCAGCCACCCCCCCGGGCUCCCAGCCCCACACGCAGCAGCAGCCCUGAGGGCAAUGGCAUGGCUGCCGAGCAGAACCGCCUCAACCUGGCGCACGAGAAGGGUGGCAGCUGCGAGCGCAGCACAGGGCUGUGAGUGACGAGGACGGACAGUGUGGGACAGUGGUGUGACACAGCAUGAGACGACGACAUGUAUCUACCUGGUGGGGCUGCCCAGGGUGUCUCCAUCCCGGUGGGCAGCGAUGGGGACAGGGGCUUGGGGAACCUUCCUUCACUGUUCUUAAUUUUUUUUUUAAAAAAAAGGAAUAUCUUAUUUUUGUACAUUUUUAUAAACUCAGCAGCGUGCACCCUGGCAUUUUUAUACACCCCUCCUGAUUCCCACUCUGAGCCCGCACCUCCCCUCCCUGUCUCCUGUUGUAUCCCCACGUCCCUCCCCCCACUCUCUGCCCGCAGCACCUCCAAUUCGUGCCUCCCCUGCACUCUCUGUGCACGUGCAGGUCACGACAGCAGUAAGGAUGCUCACACCAGGUCUGGCUGGUGAGGCUGCACCAUGGGCUGGCACUGAGCCUGAAGUAGAGGUGACAGCAGGGACCUGUGAGAGAUGUAUCCCAGUGGCACCACUGCGGGGGGUGGUGCCCAUACAGUGAGCACAUGUGGGCUACACAGGGCCCCUCUUGGCUCCUCUUUGGCUUCCCCCUCUCCAGGCUGCUCUUUUUAGGGAGCAUAGGGGUUUGUGUUUGUCCUUCUGAUCUCCUCCAUUUCCCUGCCAGCAACUCUGCUUGGGCUUUGGACCAAAGCUGAUCCUCUCCAGCCUGGUGUGGGGCUGGGAGCCCUGUGUGCAGUGUCCAGAGUGGGUUGGUGGGAGACACUCGGGCAUUCUGAUCAUCUCAUGGGUCACGCAGUGAAUUUUGUAGCAUUGUUUUGUACUUGGGUAAUUGUGACUUUUUUUUUCCCUUUUUUUUUAAUUUUUUUUUUUUCUAAUUAUCUAUAUUCAGUAAAGCCUGGAGACGUUUUGUACUGAA